AUGACAAAUCACUCUGAGGGGAUUUACCAGAGCUCGCAUGUGGAAAACAUCCUCCUUGUGACCUUCUACAUUGUAAUCUUCAUCAUCUCGGUCCCAAGCAAUGCCCUUGCACUUUGGGUGUUCUGCUGUCAUGAUAAGCGCAACACCCCUUCCAAAGUGUUUCUGAAGCACCUGGCCAUAGCAGACAUGUCUUACGUCUUGGUGCUCCCCAUGCGGAUGAUUUAUCAUAUGGCAGACAGUCACUGGCCUCUUGGGGAGGGGACCUGCUGCGUGGUCGGGUUCCUGUUCUUCAUCAAUCUCUACUGUAGCAUGUAUUUUAUGACCUGCAUCAGUCUGGACCGUCUGCUGGCUUGUGUCUUACCACACAAGACUCAGAAUCUUAGAAGAAGCCGGAAUGCCAAAGUGGUCUGUGCAGUUCUGUGGAUCAUAGCGACCAUCUCCAUGGCACCUUUUCUUUUCUCCAAGAAACAAGUAACUAGACAAUUAGAGGCUCGGAAUGUGACAGUGUGUGAACAACUGUACAUUGAAAAGUCAUCCAAUCCUACCAGUGCAGUCGUGUCCACUGCUGUCGCUUUUGUGAUCCCUUUGGUCACCUUGUCAGUUUCUUACAUUCUCAUAUUUUGCAAAGUCAGAAGAAUGACUUUAAAAAAAAAGUUGCUUGCUCAGCGUAAGGCUAUGAGAAUGAUCAUAUUAACUCUGGUUAACUUCUUGAUUGCCUUUGUCCCCUACCACAUCCACCGGUUAGUCUUUAUAAUUCAGCAGGAUGAUAUGUCAAAAUCUGAAUCAGAAAGACAACUGCUGCAUUUGGGAAAUCGCAUAACCUCAGCUUUAACAUGUGUAAGUGGUGUCUUGGACCCUGUCAUGUAUUUUUUUCUGGCUAGAACUUACCAGGAGACGCUGCAGCAGCUCUGUGGCAGAAACCCCAAAGAAGAACAAUCCACCACAUGA